AUGAUUUCUACAGAGGAGGCAGAAAGUAUUACCACUUUGAUUCAAUAUCAGCAUGGAUUUGUAAUUUCGAAGGUCAUGUUUACAGCCUGUGAAUUGGGAGUAUUUGAUCUGUUGCUGGAGUCAGGAGAACCCUUGAGCUCCACAACCAUUGCUGAAUGCCUGGGCACCAGCCCUCAUGGGAUGGAGCUGCUCUUGGGCGCCUGCGUGGCUUUAAAGCUCCUGAGAACAGAGAGGAAGGAUGAGCAAGUUCUCUAUGGAAACACGGACCUUUCCAGUCUCUGUCUUGGUAAAUCAAGUCCAAAAUCUCAGUAUCAUCAUAUGAUGUGGUUCUCGGAAAGCACCUAUUUGAAUUUACACUACUUGGCAGAUGCUGUGAGGGAAGGAAAAAAUCUGAAUGAGAAAUCUCUCAAUUCAAAAAAUUUUUAUGAAGGCAUUUACAGAUCAGAGGAGCAGAUGCAAAGGUUCAUGAGCUAUAUGAAUGGCACCUGGAGCCUGGGGGGCAGAGAUGUAAUUGCUGCAUUUGAUCUGUCUCAGUUCCCACAAAUUUGUGAUCUGGGAGGGAGUAGCGGUGCCUUGGCUAAAGAAUGCAUUUAUUUGUAUCCAUAUUGCACAGUCACUAUUUUAGACCUGCCUGAAGUGGUAAGAACAGCAAAGAAGCACUUUAUAUCUGAGGAAGAACAACGGAUUCAUUUCAUAGAAGGUGAUUUUUUUGAGGAUCUCAUUCCAGAAGCUGAUCUGUAUAUUCUGGCUAGAAUAUGCCAUAACUGGACUGAUGAGAAGUGUGCUCAGCUGCUAACCAAAGUGUACAAAGCCUGCAAACCUCGUGGUGGAGUGUUAAUCAUUGAAAUGGUUCUCAAUGAAGACAGAAAAGGGCCUUUACUAGCCCAUCUGCAGUCGAUUCUUAUGCUGGUGCGUACUGAAGGGAAAGAGCGGACCCCAUUAGAGUACAGCACGCUUCUCAGUGCCGCUGGUUUCAAGGAGGCUGAAAGAAAAAAAACAAGACUCUACGAUGCCAUUUUAGCAAGAAAAUGAUCCUUGUUUAGCUCA